GAGGGCAACUGAAGAGCUUUAAAAUAAUAACAAUAAUUGACCGCGUAGUUUUUGAGUUAGAGCCAUAGCAACUCCUUAGCAACGAGGGACGCGGUUCGCUGCCGACCGCUACUCGAUGACGUAACUUCCAGGAAGCCACUCUAACACGGAAGUAUAGCACUACGCGGCUGUCGUCAUAUACUGCAAACAUUUUCUGUGUUUUACUCGCAAAAUUCAUAUGCCAUCUCGAUGUGUAGCGAUGUACUGCUCUCACGAAGGCUCGAAACUUUAUGAGUGGCCCAAAAAAAAAUCUUCUGCAAGGAUUUGGACCGCUUUUGUGAGAGUGAAGCGGAAGAACUUUUCUCCUGUUCCUCGGUCGGUACUUUGUUUUCAUCAUUUCAGCGACGACAGCUUUGACAACCUACUAGAAUACAGCCUUGGUUUUACAAAAAUGCUCCGUCUGAAGAAAAAUGCAGUGCCAACAAUCCACCUGCGAGACCCUGAUGCACUGAAUACAUCCCAACAAAAUCAUAACUAUUUUACUCCAACACCGAGGUCAGCCCAUUCAAAGAGGGCAAGAUCACGUCAAAUAGAUGCUGCUUUGUCUGAGGCAUUAUUAUUAGAUUGCCAAAAACAUUCGGAGGUUUCUGAGAUGGAGCCAAUUGAAUCAGCAACUGCUGAGAAGGGAUGUCAAACAUUAAAGAUAAAGCAGCGGAAAUGCCCAACACGACAAAAAAAGCGUUACAAGUCGGUCGCUAUCCAGUUUCCUGAAGUCUAAAAGAGAAAGUGGGUAGACUCGGAUGACGAUACAAGUAAUACAAGAAAUUAUUUAAUUGUCCACAAGUUCACCACAUUAAUCCAUUUGUAGCAAGAGUAGUCAGUCGCCCACUGCUUGGUCCUUUAUAAAGUAAUAGUUCAAUUGUUUUGAGAGAGAAAAUAUGUAAUCUGGAAUGUAAAUAUACAAGAAAAAAAGGAGGUGGCGUUAGUUUUCUAUCUCUUUGCAAACGUAUUCUUUUAUAUAAUUAGUCACAACGAUUGUUUCCUCCUCUUCUUCUUAUACAAGCUCUAGUUAAC